AUGGCUCUCGCGUCCUUCGAUGGCGACUUCAGUUUUUCCCAGGAGUCCAUUGCGCGGCUUGGUGACCGUGCAGGAUCGUCAAAGUUGACAGAGGAGCAGCAGAAGCAGUUGAAGCAGAGCAAAGCAUUCCAGGCGCAGCUGCGCCUCGAAGAGCUGCUCAAGGAGUACUCGGAAGAGCGUGACAAGAAGCGUGUCACGCUCGACCAGUCCUUCACACCGGAUGACGCCGACUUCUCUGCGGCUAAAGCCUAUGAUUAUGAUCGCAGCACCAACUACUACGAGAUUCUGGGGAUAGAUGAGUAUGCUCCCCUGGACGAAGUGAAUCGCGCCUACAAGCGCCUUUCCCUCGUGUACCACCCCGACAAGACGAAGGGGAUGAGUGCGCAGCAACAGGAGGACUACGAGACGAUCUUCAUCUCAGUGAAAAAUGCUCACUUGGUCCUAGGAGACCAGCCCACCCGGAGGCAGUAUGACAAGGAUCGCGAUCAAGACAAAGCCAAAGAGGUUGUCAGCGGGGUGAAGGCUCCUUCAUCCCAGCAUGUGGACCUGACGGAGGUCUUAAAGCGCAUCAGCGAGAUGCAGAGGCCUCCAGGCAAAGUGGUUGAGGUUCAACUUGAACUGGAGCUUGAGCAGUUCUUCUACGGCGCACACAAGGCCGUUUCCAGAGACAGACGCAUCAAGGACUUCUAUGCGGGCAUGAUCAACCAGGAGCACGUGUACAGAUUCCAUGUUCCGCGAGGGGCUCGAGAUCCCUUGGAAUUGACUUUCAAGGAGCAAGGGGACCACAAUCCCGACACUAGGCCAGACACCGUGAAAUUCCGUAUCACCGCCCGUCCACAUGCUGUGGUCACAAGGCAGGAAGGCGACCUCUUGCGACCGGAGGAGAUCCAGCUUUCCGCCGGAUCCCUGGCGGAGGCCUACUUCACUGCUCAAGUGCCUGGGCUUCGAGGGCGCAGGCUUUUGGUAUGGGGCCGGAAUCCUUUCCACAGCAGCUGGAGGAGCCAGCCACCCUCUACGGAAACGCGGCUGGUCGUCGCGGUUCGCGGAGAGGGAAUGGAUGAUGAGGGGUGCCUUAGAUUCACGUGCAAGUUUCGGGCUCCUGACACUCCAGCAGCUUUUUCAUCGCAAACGGCGAGGCAGUUUCUGAAGGAAAUGCUCUCUGCAAGCGAGGCUCUGCAAGAAGGAAUAGACGGCGAACCCUACUGGACUAGCUUCGCACCCGUUGCGGAAGCGGCUCAAGUUGCUACGGAUCCAGAAUCUAUUCGCCGGGCUAUUGGGGCAGCUCUUCAAGCUAUCCCUGGUGAAUGGGCCUUGAUUGCAAAGUGUGUCAAGCUGCUUCAACGUGGCCUUGGCACGAGCAUGCCGAGUCUUCAGCAGUUUCUGCAGAGGCACAAGCUGGGAUCAGAAAGCCUCGGUGACGAUAAGACUGAGUUCCACUGCAGACAGGAUGCACAAGGCAGCCAACACGGAAGCCAUAGCAAACGAAAGUCCAAGCAACUGUCGGUGAAGGAGGAGAUUCUUCUUCGUCCGCUCGGCGAGGUGAUGCCACUCUUCACAAAGCCGCACAGCAGCAUAACCUUCUAUUCGAACAUGGAUGACUUGACACAAGAGCAAGAUCCAGGCACCACGAGUGCUGUGCCGGUGUUUGCGGUGUGUCUCGCAUCUGCAGCUUGUGCUACACCCGAGGCCGAAGCAGACUGGAAGCAGCUGGAGGAGACCUUGUUGCCGCUCCUGGAGGCAAGCAUCUUCCAGCUGAUGCCCGCAGCUAGAUCACAGAAGCCGCUCUGCAUCGCGGACUUCGCGGCAGCUGCGACGUCGGCCGCCAGCGAGGCAGCGGGGAGUGCACCUUGGAGAAGACUGGGAGCUGCCUCGUUCAGGCGAAGUGACUUCUGGCUGGCAGCUCACUAUUACACGCGGUGGAUGGUGGACGUGGGCUCCGAUCCCGAACAGGCCGUGGCUCUGUCCAACCGAGCUGCGUGCUUUGCCAAGGUCGGCGAUUUCCUGGGAUCCCUGGAAGACGCCCGAGCCGCCAAGGAGCUUCGACCUGACUGGGCGAGGACUUGGGCCAGAGUCGGCUUCGCGGCCCAAAACCUCGGACAGGACUACUUGGAAGAGGCGUUUCAAGCCUACCGGCAAGCCGUGGAGCUUGAUCCUUCUCGCGAUAACUUGCAGGGGUUGGCCCAAGUCGCGCUGGAACUCUUCUCAGGCAGACAAGCUGAGGAGUAUGCGCAGGGCAACGCAUCCUGGGCAUCCGAAAGCUUCGGUCAGGCGGUCGCUUGCUACACGAUAGCACUGGCCACGCAUCCUGCCAAGCUACCCGUUGCAGAGAUGGAGGCUUUUGCAAGAAAGGAAGAGGAGCUGGUGGAUGCAGAAAGCCGUAUCAAUGCUGAAGAGAACUUCCGGGAAGCCACGAAGAAAGUCCAGCAGGCCACAUCCUCCGAGGACAUGUUCAACUUGGCUGCCCUGUAUGCCAACAGAGCAGCAGCGCUUUGUCACCUGAGAUGCUGGGAUGCUGCCGUGCAAGAUGCACAGAUGGCCGCCCAGUUGCAGCGCGAGUGGCCCAAGGCCAGAUGCCGCCUUGGUGUUUCCCUUUUGGGAGCUGGCCGGCCGGAGGAGGCAUACGUCCAGUUUGCCUGGGCAUUGGCCUUCGACAGUCACAGUGCUGUGGCUCGACAGGGUUUGGAGGCUUGCCUAACGGCGAUCCCUAGAUGGAGGCACCGGAGGGCGGCACAGUCCCGUCGCCUCGAGAAAGACCGCAUUCGUCCGAGAGACUCGACGAAGGUCUGGGUGGUCUCCGACUUGUACUUCGAUGCGAAGAGCAAUGCAGAGUGGUGCAAUGCGCUCGACGAUGCGAAGUUUCAGGAUGAUGUUCUGAUCGUGGCCGGCAACGUCGCCGACACGCUCCACAGCAUCAUCCGCGGACUCAAGGUGCUCAGGUCCAAGUUCCAUCGACUCUUCUAUGUACCGGGAAAUCGGGAUCUUGCACUCAACGCCAGCGAGGUGCGAACUGCUCGAUUCCCUGAUUCCAUUGCAAAGCUUCUGGGACUACUGGCGGCCUGUGACCAAAUCGGGGUGGACAUGUUUCCGGCGGCCAUCUCCCAGGAUGUGUAUGUGGUCCCGCUGCACUCGUGGUACAAUGCUGAGUUCGACAAGAAAAGUCGUCCAGAUCCUAAUCAUGGCUUCGACGCCCAAUGUGUCUGGCCCCUCGACCCCAACCAGCUUUGGAAAUGGAUGCUGAAGUUGAACGAGGUAUUCCUCAAACCUCUGCAGGGGACCGUCCUGACCUGCUCCCACUUUGUGCCUCUGACAACGCUGCCCUUUGACGGGCUAGGCAAACAGGCACAAGCCAUGGGGUGCGAAGAGAUCGAGGACCAGCUGCGACGAGUGCGAAGUGCUGGUCACGCUUAUGGCCACGCCUCCAUUCGCACGUGUCAGGUCCACGGUGGUGUGACCUUCUUAAACCACGCCCUGGGCGUUUUGGAGGAUAGUGAGGCGGUGCCUUCACCGCGGCUCCUUUUCGAUGGUCACACGGUGGUGACCUGA